ACGGAAACAAAAAUAUUGCAGGUCGAUUCGGUUUCGUCGGAUUCACUGUGCGGCUCUCCCAAGUCUGAUCUGGAAGCAGGAGGGACAAAGAGACAGCACGUUUCUCUGGUUUCUCUGUUUCGGAAACGAAAAAAGAAGAUCUUUUGGUAGACCCUUAACAAAAGAGAUGUGCAAUGACAACCUUUAAUAAAGCCGGGGAAACCCAACCAUUGGCCAUGAACAGCGAAUUGAACGUUCCUGUGGCCUCAUCCACAGCCGGGAUGUCCGAUCGGCUCCAGGACAGCAGGGGGAUGGAUUAUAGGGACUGGGUUCGGCGCAGCUAUCUGGAGCUGGUUACCUCGAACCAUCACUCUGUGCAGGCUCUUUCCUGGAGGAAGCUCUACCUGAGCAGGGCCAAGCUCAAAGCGUCCAGCCGGACAUCAGCGUUGCUUUCUGGUUUUGCCAUGGUAGCCAUGGUUGAGGUGCAGCUGGAGGUGCAGUAUAACUACCCACGUGCUCUGCUGGUGGGCUUCAGCGUGUGCACCACUGUGCUGGUGGCUGUUCACCUUGCCCUGCUCAUCAGCACGUGUAUCCUGCCCAACGUGGAGGCGGUGAGCAACAUCCACAACUUGAACUCGGUAUGCGAGUCGCCACACGAGCGCAUGCACUACUACAUCGAGCUGGCCUGGGGCUUUUCUACGGCUCUCGGCAUUUUGCUCUUCCUCGCCGAGGUUGUGCUGCUUUGCUGGAUCAAGUUCCUACCAGUGGACUCGGGGACGCUUCCCAAACCGGGGGCGGAAGGAGGUCCGGUGUCAACGGUGCCUGUUUCUGAGCCUGGUCACAGCGGUUUUCAGGCGGCACUCGCCUCCACUAUCAUCAUGGUGCCCGUGGGGCUCAUCUUCGUCAUAUUUACUGUGCACUUCUAUCGAUCCCUGGUGCGGCACAAGACCAAGCGGCAUGACCAGGAAAUAGAGGAGCUGCACAAGAUCAAGGUGCAGCUUGACGGCCAUGAGCGCGGCCUACAAGCCGUGUGAUCUUUAGGGAUAUUUUUUGUUUUUGUUUUUGCUUCUUGCUUGGUUGUUUGCUGCACCAUAUCUUUACACCUAUAUGCACCUUUAACUUUGCUUGCUGGUUAAUUCUUUUAAUGCAUCUUUUUAAAGCAAGUGCACAGAGUCUGUGUUGCGUGUUUACAGAAUUGCCGCAAGGGCUAUUUUUUCCUGCUUGUUUGAAUUUUUCUAAUGGUUUAAGUUUCUAGCAGUUUCUAUUGCAAUGGCUUUAUAGGAAUUUAUAUAUUUUCCUUUGGUUUCUUUUUGGGUGUUUUUUUUACAGGGGUGGACAUAUUUUUUAUUUAAUUACUUAUCCCACCAGGCAUGUAAAAGCUCAGAUUGUGCUACUCUGGUUGCUUGUAAAGAUAAUUGUACAGACUGAAAAGUGGUAGCUAACAUAAUGUCAAACAAGCAAGUUAAGCGCAUUAAUACGGACUAAGAAAAACAAACAAGUUUAAUAAAUACAUUAUCUUUACCUCCUCAGCAAGUGGUUGGUUAAGGCUUUUGAUAAAUCUGAAAGAUGUUAAUUUCUUUUUUUUUUUUUAUCCCAUGCCGUUCUAAACAUGUAAACUGCUGAUCCUGGGCUACUAAUUUGUCCACCCCUACUGACCCUAGAACACAUAUGGCUACAAAUAGCGCAGUUGUUGUUAUUACAGUAACAAAGUCAUGUGGGCUCACUGCAAAAUGUCAGAUUUGCAACAAUGAUAAAUAGCGCGUCAUCUGAGCUUCCAUAUUUUCUUUUUUUUUUGUGAACGAUGUAGUGUUAUGUAAUGUUUAUCCAUAAGAGUCGAGACACUUCACCUUUACUACCUGUGAAUGUUACAGUCCAUGUUUGUCUUUUGAAUAACCUAAAGGACCAUUUAAUAAAGUCUUAGACAGUUACAACUAUAAAAAUUCUCUGCACAUUUCAGUAUUUAUAAGCAGCCUGUUUUGAAGCACAAACCAGAACAUUUGUCUAGCAGAGUGAUCGGUUGUGUAUGUUGUAGGGUGUGUGGUUGUGUGUCAGUUUUCAUUACAGGUGGUUUACAUUAGGUAAUGGCUGAGCAUUUGUUCCCGGCGUCAUUUAUUAUUUGUCCCAUAUUAAACUGGCGCUAUUACUUUAGAGACUCAAAUUGACUGGAAAAAAAAAAACAGGCUAAUCUUCAUCCAACAAGCUCAAGAUGUCUUCUUUGAACUCUUGAAUGCUGUUUAUGUAACAGGACGAUAUGAGGACAACAUUCCAAAUCUUUUUGACCAACAACUGCCUGCCUUAUCUCAAAUACAAGACAUGAAAGUGCACUUGUAGUGUAAUGGACACGGAGUAGUGGGAUUCUGAAUCUUAUUUCUUAUAAAAUAUCUAUAUACAUUACAUAAAGCUGUGUUACAGGAAAUCUGUGUACUGUUAAGUUGUCCAUAUUUAUCAAUGAGCAAAUGAAUAUGUAUGUACUAUAUCCAUUGCUAUUAAAACACUUGGUUUCAAAAAGGAACCCUUGACCAAAAUUAACAUAGUCACAAAUGAAGCACUUCACUUUGUGUGGCCAAAGGGUUUUUUGUUGUUGUUGUUGUUGUUGUUUCAAAUCAUUUUCUGUUUCAAUGUGUCACAUGAUUUUGUGAUAAUGAUGAUAAUGGAUGUCCUGUCAAAAUGGUUACAUACUCUUCUUGUGCACAAUCUAUAACUAAGAGACUAAGACAUUGCUGGGCUGUUUUACAUUCGGUCAGCCAACUUGUAUGUUAAUUUAUGUCAAAUAAACACCUUAUUUUGUUUA